UUGGCCGCCAGUUGGCUGGAAUGCAGACGGACAGACAUACAGCAUUGCUCUUUUACCACACGCACCUACACACAAUCUUUUCAUACAUACAUACAUUAAUUUAUACUUAUAUCCGCAAACAACCAUAAACACCUACCCAUUUGCUACGAUUUGCUGUGAUUGUUCUUGUUUAACGGUAGUUGUUUUUGUUUUGGCAAUUUAAAAUUUGACUCAAUUGAAGUUAAUUUCUAACUCAUUGCUCGUAACUCUUAUUCAUAAUUGUGAGGGAGACUCAAGCCGGCCCGUAAGUAAGCGCAGUAAACGUAUCGCGCUGACUAACGCGUUGCUUAUUGGCGUGUGUGUGUGUAACUGUGUGUAAACGCUACAUGCCGGCGUUAACAAGCUCAUAAGAGAGUCGGCAUUCAAAUGUUUUUAGUUAGUUCAUAUAAAGACUGCGAAACGCAAGCAACGUUAUUAUUAAGUAUUAAGUCGACAAAUGAGCAACACGCAGCUCGGAGCAAAACAAUAAUAAUAAUAUAAUAAAUAAUAAAAUAAUUGAAACGAACGAAAAAAGUAUUAAGUAAAAAAAUUGUAUUAAAUUAUUAAUACGUUAUUAAAAGUCGAUUGAAAAGCGCUGUGAAAAUAUAAUUAUAAAUAUUAUUAAGCUCGUUGUUAAUUUAUUUAUUGUAAAGCACGUGAUUUCACGGAAUUCAUAGCCAAGAAUACGAAAUUUGGCUGUGUAAAAAGCACGUGUGUAUUCGAAAAAAAAAAUUGUUUUUAAUAUAUCAAAAACUUAACUUACAAGUUCAACAAAUCAGCUGCCAGUCAGCAGCACAAGUCAAAAAGAGAAGCAGCAAAUUGGCUUCUAGAGCAAAAGCAGCAACUAACAGUAUUUUUUAUAAGAGGCAAAAGCUAAUAACAAGCGACAAUAAAAUGGCUAAAAUAAGCGCAAUACAAACACAGCAAAGCCAACGAACCAAACAGUUAACAACAUUAACAGUAUUAAUGUUAACAGUGCUAACAGUAUUAACACAAAUGCCUGCAAACAGUGCAGCGGCCGCCAUACAAGCCACUCACCUGUACACCUCAGCCGCAUUACCAGCUAUAAACGCCGCCGAGGCGCUUAGCAAUCAACAAAGCGCCGUCUUUCAACAAUUACUCGACAGCACGGCAGGUGCGGCACAACACGGACGACGAAAGCGACUGCGCAAGCGCCAAAACGACGGCAUACGCUUGAAAAGCAUAGCAAAUGUGGCAAACGAGGCUGAGGCGCCACUUGAGUGGAUGAAUGCAUGCGGCUAUGAGAGGGUGGAGAAUGCGAUGGCAAGCAUCAGCCAUAUGAUGGACAAGAAAGAAGCAGUGAAAAGGCUUAAGAAGGCGCUGCGUUCGGAGAAUACAACAAUUAAUGCACUACAUACGAUCAAUAUCGACGAUAUGUUCAGCUGGCGGAAGCAUAGUAGGAAAUAUAAAUUUCUGCCAACAUUGAAUCGAACAGCCAAAAUCGAACUCCAUCACUGGCAUCACGCCAUGCAGAAAUUUGUCGCCUCCUUCGCCGACUUGGGUGUGAAACAAUAUCGUUGGGAUCUGAAAAAUCAGCAAGUGAUCGGCGCCACCACAUACGAACUCAACGCACUGUUGCUCAGCGCGCGGCGUACACUCUGCGAAUUGGAAUCUGCCAUACUCAUUGUAAAUCCGCAAGCGAAAAUACGCACCGUUACGCGCGAAGAAAUGCAAAAGAAGUUGAAUUUCCAUUCGAAUGACCAGGCACUCGUAGACCAGAAAGGUGUGGACGCGAAAGAUUUGCGUUUCGCCAAACAACGCUACAACAAGUUCGUGCAACAUAUGUUGCAGAUAGUGCGUCGUCAAUUUCAGGCGACCAAAAAGAAGGUGGGCAACAGAGCAGCUGCCAAAUCGGGCGCCAGCUACAGUGAUGAGAGCAGCUACAGUCAAUGGUUGGAUCUAGCCGACUUGCAGGGUUAUGAUAUUUCUGCGCAGGCGUCGUACGGCAUGAGCGACGAGUUGUUAAUGACAGCGUGAGCGCGUAGCAUAAUUGUAUUAGUGUAGUAGUAAAAAGAAUUUUUCCCAGUAUGUGCCAUUAAUAGUGUAACUAAAAGAAGCUAUGCCUGCUGUAGCCUUUAUAAAGGCUUUGUGAAUGCCUGCCUGGCUGGGCUGUUGUAUUAUAAAUAAGGAGGUCCAAUACUUAAACAUACCACUAGUUUUAAGUAGUUUUAAGCGCACAAUUCCUAGUGAUAGGCUAGAGUUCCUCAAAGUAUGCAUCACAUUAUCUAUUUAUUUAUUUAUUGCAUUCAUUUAGGCGUAUAAGAGCAUUAUACAUAAAACAAAAAAUAUUUAUGGAAAUCAUGCCCAGCCCGCAUUUAGCAGAUAAGUUGUUGUUGUUUAUUGUUGUAAAAAGAAUUGAUACAUUUUGUACACACUUAAUUUAUAAAUUAUUAUAUUAUUAGUUAGCUCACUCAACAAAUUAUAGAAUUUUUAACGCAAUGAUAUUAUGUAUGUAUGUAUUAAAAGAAAUUUUGUGCUUGUGCUAAAUAGUUA